UAUGGAAUGACAUCGUUGACCUGCUAAUAAAACCUACACCGUCGCAGUGACUCCAGCCAAAUUGUGCUCCGGGAAGAAACUUGUCAAGCCUCGUUAUGGUUCCAUCGUGCUUCGUGUAACACUUCAAAAAGACAUUGAUUGAUUGACUAAAGUAUGUCCUGUACAUGCACAUCGGCCGUGAGGAUAUUCUUGAAUUCAGCACACAGAGGACUGUCUUGUUCUCGUAUUCAACUGUAUGCUUUGAGCAGACCUGGUUCUUGUGAAGCUCACCUGCCACCCAGAGUCCGAGUCAGAUCCUUCCAUGAAACGGCAGUGUGUUUCGUUGCCAAAGAUGGAACAACCAAGGAUGGAUCCAGUGACAGUAGAAAGAAGAACCUCAGUGAAGGAAAGAGACUUCCGGGCUCUUCUGGUGGGUCAGGGAAGGGGGGUAACCAGCUGCACUGUCCCAAAUGUGGAGACCCAUGUACACAUGUGGAGACCUUUGUAUCGUCAACACGUUUUGUAAAGUGUGAGAAAUGCCAUCACUUCUUCGUGGUGCUCUCUGAGACGGACUCUAAGGAGGGUCUGAAAACAGAAGCAGAGUCGCCCGUUGAGGCUGUCAAAAUGGCCUACACACAGAAACCUCCCCCGCCACCCAAAAAGAUCUAUGCCUACCUGGACAGGUACGUAGUGGGUCAGUCCUAUGCUAAGAAGGUGCUGGCGGUAGCUGUGUAUAAUCACUACAAGAGAAUCUACAACAUCCCUGCUGGGAGCAGACAGGUGGAGGUGGAGAAACAGGCCUCGCUCACACCACGAGAGCUCGAGAUGAGAAGAUGGGAGGAUGAGUACAGAUUCACCAAACUACUUCAGAUAGCAGGGAUCAGUCCCCAUGGCAACGCUCUGGGAGCCUCCAUGCAGCUGCAGGCUCCUCGGGAGAAGAGGGGCGGGGACGGGUUAGACUCCACCCACACUGACAUCACACUGGAGAAGAGCAACAUCGUGCUGUUAGGCCCAACCGGAUCAGGCAAGACAUUGUUGGCCCAGACUCUGGCCAAGUGUCUAGAUGUACCUUUUGCCAUCUGUGAUUGUACCACCCUGACCCAGGCUGGCUACGUGGGGGAGGACAUCGAGUCUGUUAUCGCCAAACUGCUGCAGAACGCCAACUACUCUGUGGAUAAAGCACAGCAAGGCAUUGUGUUUCUGGAUGAGGUGGAUAAGAUCGGCAGUGUUCCUGGGAUCCACCAGCUCAGAGACGUAGGAGGAGAGGGUGUACAGCAGGGCCUGCUGAAACUCCUGGAGGGCACGGUCGUGAACGUUCCAGAGAAGAACUCCAGGAAGUUGAGAGGAGAGACGGUGCCGGUGAACACCACUAACAUCCUGUUCGUAGCGUCAGGGGCCUUCAACGGACUCGACAGAAUCGUCAGCAGACGAAAGAAUGAAAAGUACCUGGGCUUCGGCACACCAUCCGACAUGGGUAAGGGUCGCCGUGCGGCGGCGGCGGCCGACAAAGCUAACAGCAGUGAACAGACCGACAUGGUGGCAGAGAUGGAGGAGAAGGACCGGCUGCUGAAGCUCGUGGAGGCCCGGGACCUCAUUGAGUUUGGGAUGAUCCCGGAGUUUGUCGGGCGUCUGCCUGUGGUGGUGCCUCUACACAGUCUGGAUGAAGAGACGCUGGUCCGUAUCCUGACUGAACCACGCAAUGCCGUCAUACCACAGUACCAGGCCCUGUUCAGCAUGGACAAGUGUGAACUGAAUGUAACCACAGAUGCUCUGAGGGCCAUUGCCAAGCUGGCUCUGGAGAGGAAGACAGGAGCCCGAGGCCUGAGGUCCAUCAUGGAGAGGCUUCUUCUGGAGCCCAUGUUCGAGGUGCCAUGUUCAGACAUCGUGUCUGUGGAGUUAACCGAGGACGUCGUCCUGGGCAAAUCAGAACCACACUACGUCAGGGCUCCAGCGAAGGAGGCGGCAGAGGAGGAGUACGACUCUGGUAUUGAAGAGGAGAACUGGCCCAGACAGAUGGACGCAGCAACUAAUAACUGACCUGAUCCACCUUGACCUUUUCUACUGACUCAUCUUCAAGAACCGCUACAAUCUCUACACACAGUGCAAUCUAGAAUCAUUAGAACACCUUCUAGAAUCAUUAGAACACCUUCUAGAAUCUUUUUGGAAGCCAGUUGUGGGUUCCUUGAAUUCCAGACCCUGAGACCCCGUGGAGCCCACUACUGAAACUACAGCUUGAUGAAAGUGUUUCUUGACCUUUCUCUCUCUCUCUGUGUGUUCAUAAGGAACAACUAGGAUGUGAGAUCUGUAAAUACCUGUUGAUCGUGUGAAACAAAUGGUAGUUGUUUAGUGAUGAAUGAAGGGCCACUAACAUGGACCUUUUUUAUUUUAUAUAGUGUAUAUAUAUUUUCCAUCUUUGGGAAUUGCCUUUUAUCUAUUUUAAGAGAAUGACAUUUUUAUUCUAAAUGAUUUUAAAUAGG